AUGUCAGACGAUAGUAGUGAUUGUGACUAUGACGAUGAUGCCGAUGAACAAUCGUUUGACGAUGACGACGAAGACGUGGAUAGCGACUGUGACCUUCAUAAAAGCUAUUUCCGUGCCACUGCCUUUCUCGAUGAAGACGAGGAAGAUGAAGACGACGACUACUACACCGAUGAUGAAGAAGACCACUUAUUUACACAUGAAGAUGCUACCAGUGGUAGCCACGAAGAACAUGAUUUCGAAGCAAGCCCUAUCGAAAUCCCCUUCUGGUUUGGAAAUGAAGAUUCAGAACAUGUAAAGUAUGUCUUGAAGGCAUACGAUAAUUUUCUGGGCCUUAAUUCCCACCGUUCAGCCAAUAGUCGAAUGCCUAUUCGAUUUAUUGGCAAGGUGAUUCGUCAAGCCAUCGAGGAUGACUAUAUUAUUGUUCGUCAAGACGACUUUGAUUAUGACCAAGACGUUACAGUUGGAUGUGACACUUCCAACAGUAAACAACAGCGAGUGUUGGUGACUUCAGAGACCUUAUUCAUUUAUGAGAGAUCACAAAAACUUGAACCAGGCUCCAUUUCCAAAUGUAUGAACAAGUUAGUGAUUGAAACCAUGUAUGACUAUGAUGAGGGGGUUCCUAUUCAUAUUUUCAUGCAUGGUGAAGAAGAGGAAAUGGAUGAAGUGACAUCUCUGGAACACAUAUCCAUUCUACAAUGCAGACCUUUCGGAGCGAAUGAACAUGAUUUCCAUUAUUCAAGCCAAAAAGUCACACAAACCCCUCAACUUCUCGAAGAAAUUUCCUCAUCCACUCGCGGCUUGACCUAUUCGGAUCUGUAUAGUCAAUGUUUACAGAAUGCAGAACCCAUUCUGAACAAGUUAAAACCAAAGCUUGUCAAUACUAUUUCGGAUGGUGAAGCAACCUCACCUGAACACCAUUCUUCACCCCAGUCAUCUUCACCUCGUGGUGGUCAGAAAGUUGGUGACAAGAUGUCAUCAUCCCAUCUCUCCCAUGGCAUGCUAAUGAUUAAUAACCACAUGCUACUUUUCCAUUACGAACACUAA